AUGGCUUCUACGAUCAAGGCCUGUGGGAAGAUCAGUGAAGCCGAGCAAGCGGCGCUCGACGCUCGUCGCCGAACCCAGAAGCGAACCAUUGUCGUGGGCUUGUCCUCCGUCGCUCUCGUUGCCGUCGUGGUCGCCGCGAUGGUCGGUACUUCGGUGCACGCCGGCAACAGGAGAGGCGGCGAGGCUCAACCUCUCUCGACCUCGGUGAAGGCCGUGUGCGAUGUCACGCUGUACAAGGACUCGUGCGUCAGCUCCCUCGCCCCGAGGGCCAACUCGAGCGGCCCGGUCCGCCCGGAGGAUCUGUUCAAGCUGUCGAUCCAAGUGGCCCUGGAGGCGCUGGCCAAGGCCGCGGGGUAUUUCUCCGAGCAAGGAACGGUCUUCAAUAACACCGCGGCGGAGGGGACGGCAAGCGCGGCGCUGGACAGCUGCCGCGUGCUCCUUGGGCUCGCGAUGGACUCUCUGAACAGCUCGCUGUCAUCGAGCGACGCCUCGAACUUGUUCGAUUCGGCGGACGAUCUCAAGACCUGGCUCAGCGCGGCCGGGACAUCCCAACAGACGUGCAUCGAUGGGUUUGAUGGAUCAGCAGGAGCGAUUAAAGAGAUUGUUGCGAACCAUCUCGAAGACUCAGGCGAACUGACGAGCAAUAGUCUUGCGAUCAUCACUUGGAUUUCAAACAUCGCGAGCUCAAUCAAGCUACGGUGGCUCAUGAGCUUGCCUCGCCCCCACCACCACCACCUCGGCCACCACCAUCACCACAAAGUGCCGAAAUGGGUGCACCGGAAAGAGCGCGAGCUGCUUCAGAGCUCCGAUUUGAGGAAGAAGGCGAAUGCUGUUGUGGCCAAAAACGGUUCGGGCAAGUACAAGACCAUCGGAGCCGCACUUGACGCCGUGCCCGACAAGAGCAAGGACACGUUCGUGAUCUACGUGAAGAAGGGGGUCUACAGCGAGAACGUGCAGGUCGAGAAGUCGAAGUGGAACGUUAUGAUGGUCGGGGACGGGAUGGAUGCAACGGUCGUCACCGGUAGCCUGAACGUCAUUGACGGGACUCCGACGUUUCAGACCGCAACUUUCGCUGUGUUUGGCAAAGGCUUCAUUGCUUCGGACAUGGGAUUCCGCAACACCGCUGGCCCGGCCAAGCACCAAGCGGUGGCUCUCAUGUCGACCGCCGACCAGUCGAUUUUCUACCGGUGCUGCAUCGACGCCUUCCAGGAUUCCCUCUACACUCACUCCAACCGCCAGUUCUACCGGGACUGUAACAUCUACGGGACGGUUGACUUCAUCUUCGGGAACUCCGCGGUCGUCUUCCAGAACUGCACCAUCCUACCCAAGACGCCCAUGGUUGGCCAGCAAAACACCAUCACCGCUCAAGGCAAGUUCGACCCUAACCAGAACACCGGCAUCUCGAUCCAGAACUGCACCAUCUGGCCAGCGGGGAACUUGACCAACGUCCAGACGUUCCUCGGGCGGCCGUGGAAGAACUACUCUACCACGGUGUACAUGCGCUCCACGAUGUCCAACAUCAUCAGCCCAAACGGGUGGCUGCCGUGGGUCGGCAACUCAGCCCCGGACACCAUAUACUACGCGGAAUUCCAGAAUUACGGACCAGGGUCUAACACGAAGUACAGAGUCAAGUGGAAGGGACUGAGAUCGAACCUAUCUACCAAGCAAGCUAGCAAGUUCACGGUCAAAUCCUUCACCAAAGGUGAAAAAUGGAUCAAGCCGGCGAAUAUCCCGUAUGACCCUAGUUUGUGA